CGUCGAGCAAGGCCGCGGCCUCCCUCCAGCGCUCGGUCGGGCUGAAGCCGCUGAUGAGGAGGCUGUGAGCUCCCGUGUCCAGGGCCUUAAACCGGCUCCUCAGGAUCUGGUACACGUCGCCCACCUCGGCUCCGUGGCCGCCCUUCACACACAGCGCCAGGUACCAUCUGUGGAUCAGAGGUGACUGACUGGGCUGCGGAGCUGCAGUUGGAGCUACCAUGGACUGGAAACAGAUGCUGAGGAACCGCCUAACGGCGACCCAGACCCAGGAGAGCCCCGAUCCUGCUGCCCAGAGCCCUAAAAAUUCAGAACAAGAACUUGGGGAAAAUGAGAUGGAACUUUUCACUCAGUACUAUGUUGAGUGGAGAGGUGGCAGGAAAAAGAGCAAUAUGUCCUACAAAAGCAUUCCAAGAUUUUAUUAUAAGCUUCCAGCAGAGGAUGAAAUUUUGUUGCAGAAAUUAAGAGAAGAGUCCAGGGCGGUUUUUCUUCAAAGAAAGAGCAGAGAACUGCUGGAUAAUGAAGAACUACAGAAUUUGUGGUUUUUAUUGGACAAACAUCAGACUCCUCCUUUGAUAGGGGAGGAGGCAAUGAUAAAUUACGAAAGCUUCUUGAAAGUUAAGGAAAAAGCAGGACAAAAAUGCAAACAAUUCUUUCCAGCCAAGGUCUUUGCCAAGCUCUUGCACAAUGACCCAUAUGGAAGGAUUUCUAUAAUGCAAUUCUUCAACUAUGUGAUGCGCAAAGUCUGGCUUCAUCAGACGAGGAUAGGUCUCAGUCUGUAUGAUGUGGCGGGUCAAGGAUAUCUUCGAGAAUCCGAUUUAGAGAAUUACAUUUUGGAGCUGAUUCCAACCUUACCACAACUUGAUGGCCUGGAAAAGUCCUUCUAUUCAUUCUAUGUGUGCACUGCAGUUAGGAAGUUUUUCUUCUUCCUUGACCCACUCAGAACAGGUAAAAUAAAAAUCCAGGAUAUUCUAGCUUGCAGCUUCUUGGAUGACUUGUUGGAGCUGAGAGAUGAAGAAUUGUCUAAGGAAAGUCAAGAAUCAAACUGGUUUUCAGCUCCAUCUGCACUAAGGGUAUACGGUCAGUACUUGAACCUGGACAAAGAUCACAAUGGAAUGCUCAGCAAGGAAGAGCUGUCACGUUACGGCACAGGAACUCUGACAAGUGUCUUUCUGGAUAGGGUUUUCCAAGAGUGUCUAACCUACGAUGGCGAAAUGGAUUAUAAGACCUACCUGGACUUUGUUCUUGCUUUAGAGAACCGUAAAGAACCUGCUGCCCUCCAGUAUAUCUUCAAACUACUGGAUAUGGAAAAUAAGGGUUAUCUUAAUGUUUUCUCUCUCAAUUUCUUCUUCAGGGCUAUCCAGGAGCAAAUGAAACUUCAUGGACAGGAGGCAGUUUCUUUUCAAGACGUCAAGGAUGAAAUCUUCGACAUGGUCAAGCCUAAAGACCCAUAUAAAAUAACACUUCCAGAUUUGAUAAAUAGUGGACAGGGCGACACUGUCAGCAGCAUACUGAUUGAUCUAAAUGGCUUUUGGACUUAUGAAAACCGAGAAGUUCUUGUUGCCAACGACAAUGAUAGUGGUGCUGAUCUGGAUGAUUCAUGAUUCUGUCAAUGGAAUUGGGGACAAUUUUCCACCCUGAAGGUACAAAGCCGAUGCAGCCUCAUUUGUAAAGAGCACUUGUACCAAAUUUGCCCUCUCCAACCCUGACCAGUCCCACGCUAUAUUAAUGUAAAACACUGCGACGCUACCCCGCAUGAGGGGCGUUAUAUAAAUGCAAGUUGUUAUGAAUUUAUAUAAAUUGUACAUAAUGUAAAAUAAACUGAUUAGUUUGCAUACAUUUUUAUUAAAGUUUUCAGUUUACAAAAA